ACACUCAUGUGUGUGUGUGACGCCAUGUGAUGCUGAAGGGAGGUGUUAAUCUUCAGCUUCUGCACUUCACCAGUGACACGGCUCAGACCAGCAGGUUGUUGUGCUUCUGUUCGGCCGCUUGAAGACGUUCAGCCGGGUUCAGACGUCCCUGCAGCAGAUUCAGACUUUAUUCUUAUAAGAAGACUCUGGAAUAUGCAGAAAUACAUAUCUGUGAGCCCGAAUGACGAUGUCGCUGCAAAGACUAAAAGACCUCAACAUAAGAAAUACCGCUACGUGCGUAAAGAGGGACACUGCAACGUUGUGUUCCGCCAUGUUCCCGAGGAGUGGAUGCUGUUCGUGACCGACAUCUUCACCACCUUGAUCGAGAUCAGAUGGAGGGUGAUGUUUCUGAUCUUCACUCUCUCUUACAUCCUGUCCUGGCUCUUCUUUGGCAUCAUCUACUGGGUCAUCGCUCUCGCUCACGGGGACAUCAGAGACAUAUUGAAUGAGCCCUGUGUGUACAACGUGCGAAGCUUCACAGCCGCGUUCCUCUUCUCGCUCGAGACUCAAACCACCAUCGGCUACGGCUACAGGGGAAUGGCCGAUAACUGCAUGAUUGCCAUUAUACUCGUCGUUAUACAAGAUGUCGUCAGCUGCUUCAUCGACACCUUUAUCAUCGGAAUUGUUGUCGCCAAAAUGGCGUCGGCCAGAAAGAGAGCUCAGACGGUGGGCUUCAGCAACCGGGCAGUGAUCAACCUUCACAACGGCUACCUGUGUCUCUCCUGGAGAGUCGGGGACUUCCGCAGGAACCACCUGGUGGAGGGGACGGCCUGUGCACAGAUAGUCCGAGCCACGGUGCACACCACAGGGAAGGUGGACGUGACCUACGAAGACCUGGUCAUCCAGCAGAGCGCCAUCGUCCUGGUCACGCCCACCACCAUCUUCCACAAGAUCGAGUCCGGCAGCCCGCUGUACAAGAUGAGCCUGGUGGAUCUGCGUAAAGCCGACUUUGAGCUGGUGGUUUCCUUCACCUACACAGACGACUCCACGGGGAUGCUGCACCAGAGCCGCACCUCGUACACGCCCCCUGAAAUCCUCUGGGGUCAUCUGUUCCAGGAGAUGAUCCGGGUCAGUAGGAGGUUCUACAGAGUGGAUUACAUCCUGUUCAACCACACCGCGAAGGUGCUGGUGCCUGAGGUCAGCGCUGAAGAGUACGAACUCAAGAAGCACAUGCGUCCCUCUCCUCGGCAUUCACCGAGACAUUCGCCCAGAAUUUCCCCGAGGCCGUCUCCGAGGACGCAACGGAAGAACCCUCAAGACAAACCUCUGAAGCCUCCGACAGUGACGGUGGAGCUGGUGAGCGACCGCCUCCCUGAACCAACCGCCUCACCUUCUCAGGCAGAGACUAAACAUCAUGACACGCUGACUUUGCCAAAUGACCUCACAAGUAAUGAAGUGUAAAGCAGAGGCAUCAUAUUUUGUGUUUCUUUAAAGAAAUAUUCAGAACAGUACUCAUUAAGAACAAUAAAUGUUCCAGCGUCUGUGUUUUAUUUUGCAUAAAAUUCGUUUGACUCAGCUUUUGGUCUUGAAAGACGAAGCUCACUCAGGUCGAUGUCGCCUGAGAUGGUUGUUGCUCAACUGAAUCUGAUCAAACAGCAUAACACUAGUGACAGCUGCCUUCACGUCUGUAGAAGACGAGGAUUUCAUACAUAGAAUAGAGGUAUUAGAAAAGAAAAUUGAAUAUUUGAAUGUGUCUGAUUUCAUGACAAUUGCUGCAGAAGCUCAUGUGAUACAAUAAAACCCCAAAGAACACUUAGUAAAUGGACCUUUGUCUGGAUUUGAUUAUUCCAGCCAACAGUCAAGAGAAGAGACGAAGCUGCGCUGAGAUGGUUUUAAUAUGAACAGUUUUCAUAUUCUCUUAAUUAAGUGUGAAAAAGAGAAGCUUUAACACCUGCUUAGUUUUGUGUAAAGGUCGUUCGGACCAUUGGACAAACGUUCAUUCACAGAUGAUGUUUGAACCAUCAUUUGGUUCUGGUAGUAAAACCAUCAUGAUGUUAGCUUCGCAACUAAAUAAACAGCAACUUCAAGCCAAUCAGAAUCGAGUACAGGUAGACUCCGCCCACGUAGGUGAUGACGACAGGACGUACGAGUGUCAGACAGAAUUCUUUAGUCCAUAAAUUAUAAUGAGAAACCAGAACUAACAGAUCAACUGAUAAUGGAAACAACUGAAAAGACCUGGUUCAGACCCUCAGGUGUGUGUGUCUGUGUGUGUGUGUGUGUUUGUGUGUGUGUGUGUGUAAGACUUAUUUGAAAAGGUCUGCGUUAUAUCCUUCAUUUCAUAUCAGAUUUCUGUUCUCUGAUACUAUAAUAAGCAGAAUUCACAGUGGAAACAGCACCAAUGUGUAAAGUUUAUAUAAAACACAUGGAACAUUUUCUUUUACAUCUGAGGCAGUGGAAAUACAUUUAUUUAAUAAUGAUCAAAAAGUCAAGCAAUUCAAAAACCUGUUCAUCAAAGCACCUCACACACGUAAUUUAAUUUAUCUGCAAUGUUCAUUGUCAUGGAAUUUAGUAAAUACUAUUGUAUAUCCUCAAAUACUUUAUGAAUACUUUAUGGAUACAAGUGGGGGAAGGAUCUGACCCAAUGUGUUUCUGAUUUAGUUGUUAUAUAGUACCAUUAAGCAGGUUUUAUAAAAUAUUAAAACAAAAUUGUGUAUAAGACGA